AUGACUUCUGUAAAACUACUCGCCUGCGUUUUAACCUAUAUUAUUCUGCAGCUUUUUGUCUUAGCCCAAGCAGCUACCAGAAUCUACUAUAUUGGAGUUGUGGAAGAAAAUUGGGAUUAUGCACCGACCGGGAAGAACCAGAUCACAGGACAAAACCUCACAGAGGAUAAAAUAGCCAAUAAAACCAUGACAAGAGGGCCUAACAGGAUUGGACAAGUUUACAAGAAGGCAAUUUUCAGACAGUUCACAGAUGAGUCCUACGCUCAGGAGAUUGCAAAACCAUCUUGGCUGGGUUUUCUUGGUCCAGUACUGAAAGCUGAACAAAGGGACACCUUUAUUAUUCAUUUUAAAAACUUUGCUUCCCGGCCAUAUUCUGUACAUCCGCAUGGAGUCUAUUACAACAAAGACUCUGAAGGGGCACUUUAUCGUGAUGGAACAAGUGGAAAGAGCAAAGAAGAUGAUUUUGUUCUCCCUGGAACCAACUACACAUACACGUGGCCAGUAACUGAUGAUUUUGCACCUACUCCAGCUGAUCCACCAUGUCUGACCUGGAUUUACCAUUCACAUAUUGACACCCCAAAAGAUAUCAACUCUGGGUUAAUUGGACCAUUGCUGGUUUGUAAGAAAGGAUUAUUAGACAAUACUUCAGCUUCAGUGAUGGACAACUCUAAAGGCUUUGCCCUGAUGUUCAGCAUUAUAGAUGAAAAUCUCAGCUGGUACCUGGAUGAGAAUAUAAACACUUUUUGUUUAGAUCCUAGUACAGUCGAUAAAGAGGAUGAAGAUUUUCAGUUCAGCAAUAAGAUGUUUUCAAUUAAUGGAUAUAUGUUUGGAAACAUCCCCGGCCUGGAAAUGUGUGCUGACGAUUUGGUGUCUUGGUACUUGAUUGGAAUGGGGAGCGAGAUGGAUAUUUACUCUGUGCGCUUCUUUGAUCACACCUUAAUUAACAGAGGAUAUAGGACAGAUGUCAUUAGCCUCUUUCCUGCCACUCUCAUCACAGCAGAAAUGAUUGCAGAGAAUGUUGGGACAUGGCUUUUAUCCUGUGAAGUCAAUCAUCACAUGCCAGCUGGUACGGCAGGAUUAUAUAGCGUCAAGUCCUGUGGUGAAAACAUAGUUGUCCCUUCCUGGAGGGGUCAGAAAAGGAAAUAUUUUAUUGCUGCUGAAAGAAUCCUGUGGGAUUAUGGGCCUGGUGGCAUUAAUGCAUUCACUGGACAACCUUUAAAUGCCACUGACAGUGACUCAGCACCUUAUUUUACACAAGGAGAGGAUCGAAUAGGAGGGCGGUAUUGGAAGGUCCACUAUGUGGCCUACACUGAUGGUAGCUUUAGCAGAAGAAAGAAGCAACCUGAAGCUGAGGCCCACCUUGGCAUACUUGGCCCAGUUAUCAAAGCUGAAGUUGGUGAUACCAUUUUGGUGACUUUUCUCAACAGAGGAGACAAGAACCACAGCAUAAUGCCCCAUGGUGUAGCUUUCAAUAAGUCAUCAGAAGGAAUCUCUUAUGCUGAUGGGUAUCCAAAGCCAGGAGCUUUUGUUAAACCUGGUGAGACCUUUAAGUAUGAAUGGAGAGUUCCUGAAAGUGUUGGCCCAACAGACAAUGAUCCAGCAUGCCUCACUUAUCCAUAUUAUUCAGCAACUGAUCCAAUGAUGGAUACCCAGUCUGGUCUGGUGGGACCUCUUAUCAUUUGUAAGAAGAAUACUCUGAAACCGGAUGGAACCCAGAAAGGAGUUGACAGAGAAUUCUACCUGCUCUUUACUGUCUUUGAUGAGAAUCUGAGUUUUUACCUUGACAUAAACAUUGAUGCUUUUACUGGAGAGCCCUCGACGGUUAACAAGAAAGAUGAGGAUUUCCAGGAAUCUAACAAAAUGCAUGCGGUCAAUGGCUACCUAUUUGGUACCUUGCCUGGCCUCAACAUGUGUGAAGGCGACAAUGUCUCUUGGCAUAUGCUUGGACUGGGCAGCAGUAAAGAUGUGCAUGGCGUUCAUUUCCAAGGAAACACCAUCCAUUUGGGAGGCACAAUAAGGGACACUCUCCCUUUGCUCCCCCAUGUUUCAACCACUGCACUGAUGCAGCCAGAUCAAAUAGGGACUUUCCAAGUGGUUUGCAGAACAUUUGAUCACUUUACUGGGGGGAUGAAGCAGCUGUAUGACGUUAGAUCCUGUGGCAAGAGACCAUCUGAUGGCAGACACUAUGGAACAGUGAGGACCUACUACAUUGCUGCAGAAGAGGUGGAAUGGGAUUAUGCCCCUGAUAAGAGCUGGGCUGAGAAGAAGGUGGAAGGGAUGAGCAAAGAGGAAAG